AUGUUAAAGCCAGCGAACCUUUCUAGAAGUUUAAAAAGUAUGCAGAGAUAUUUUGAUAUAGCAUUUAAUGCAACUGAUCCAGUUUUUAAAGGAAUAUACAGGGGAAAAAGAGCUCAUCCAAAUGAUUUUAAUGAAAUACUAUUACGUGCAAAAGAUAUAGGUUGUUGUCAAAUGAUGAUAACUGGAGGAUGUUUGAAAGACUCCAAAGAAGCAUUUGAACUGGCCCAACAAUAUCCCAACUUUACAUCUACAGUAGGAUGUCAUCCAACUCGUGUAACAGAGUUUGAAAAAUAUCCAGAGGGACCAGAAGAAUAUUUAAAAGAAAUACAUAAGCUAGCACUUUUUGGAAAAAAACUCAGAAAAGUAGUAUCAUUUGGAGAGAUUGGUCUUGAUUAUGAUCGACUUGAAUAUGCAUCUAAAGAGUUGCAGACUAUAUACUUUGAAAAACAGUUAUCCAUCGCAUCAAAACUCGAUCUCCCUCUCUUUCUACAUAGCCGUUCAGCUGCCGAUGAUUUCAUAGCUAUUCUUUCACCAUAUCUUCUUCAACUGCCUCGAAAAGGUUGUGUUCAUAGCUUUACAGGCACACUUGAAGAAAUGCGACAUUAUAUAUCAUUGGGUUUAUCUAUUGGCAUAAAUGGCUGUAGUCUAAAAACACAAGAAAAUCUAAAAGUGGCAAAAGAAAUACCAUUGGAAUAUCUAAUGCUCGAAACAGAUGCACCCUGGUGUAGUAUUUCUCCCACACAUGCUUCAUACCCAUAUAUUGAAGAUACACCUUAUAUAUUUUCUGCUCAAAAAAAAGAUAAAUUUAUCUUAGGAAAAAUGGUCAAAGGACGAAAUGAACCAUGCACCAUUAUUCAAGUAGCAUGUGUUAUCUCUCGUUUGAAAGGUUUAAGCAUAGAAAAAGUAUCAGAAGCGGCAUAUUUAAAUUCAAUUAAAAUGUUUGGAAAUCAGUCCAUCUAA